AUGCCUUUUGCCCAGCUGGUCAUCGGGCCGCCGGGCUCCGGCAAAACCACGUAUUGCUAUGGCCAGUAUCAAUUUCUGUCUCUUCUUUCGAGGCCGUGCAGCGUGAUCAAUCUCGAUCCCGCGAACGACCGACUACCUUACCCAUGCGCUGUGGACAUCAAUCGACUCAUAUCUGUGCGUGAUGUGAUGGCCGAGCUCUCACUCGGACCUAAUGCGGCGAAUCUGUACUGCAUCGAGUACCUCGAGAAGAACGUCGACUGGCUUAUUCAGGAGCUCAAGAGGGUCAUGGAAGAGCAGCGUCAGGGCACGACGGGUCAGAUGGCUGGUCAAGCCGAGUCAGAAGCCCGCAUGGGCCCAGUAAGUGCUGGGUUUGAGUACUUGAUCUUUGAUCUGCCAGGCCAGGUCGAGCUCAGCACCAACCAUCCAGCACUCAAGCGCAUCCUCGAGACGCUCGAAAAGCAACUGGCGCUUCGCUUUGUCGCCGUACAUCUCACCGACGCAACGCAUAUCACCGAUGCAUCCCGCUACGUCUCGAUUCUCAUCCUUGCACUGCGUGCUAUGCUUACGCUCGAGCUUCCCCACGUCAAUGUGCUCUCCAAGGUGGAUUUGCUCGGACAAUCCUACAUAUCGCGCUCAAAGCGCUCACUCGACCGUUAUGACAGCCACAGUGACGAUAGAGAUCAUGACAGCAAUCAAGACUCUGACCAGGAUAUAGACUGGAAUUCCAGCAGCGGCGCAGGCAUGGGUCUUGAGUCUGAUUUGGCUUUCAAUCUCGACUUUUAUACCCAGGUGCAGGAUCUUUCUUACCUCCGCGAUCUUCUCUCACAGCCAUCGGGACCAGGUUCAACACGGCGCAACGAAAAGUAUGGUAAGCUCAACCAAGCGAUUUGCGAAAUUGUUGAAGAUUUCGGGCUGGUCUCUUUCGAGACGCUCGCAGUCGAGGAUCGACGCUCCAUGUUCCGUCUGCUGCAAGUGCUCGACAAGGCUGUCGGGUACAUUUACGUCUCGCCCGCGUCACACACGUUCGGUCUCAGCCAAGAGGAGGAGGAAGGCGCCUAUGAGCCAGGCCGAGCCUCAGCGACCGCAUCAGCAGCACUCAGGUCGCAAGUGCGCCCAGCUUCGCAGGCAGGCCGAAUGGGUGCAGAUCCACAUUCGCUCUUUAGCGUUGCUGACCGUGGCGACCCACUCGGCUGGGGAGACGCACUCGAAGUGCAAGAGAGGUACAUUGAUCACCGUCAUAUCUACGAUGAGGCAGAGGUGGAGGAGCGUAAGCAGAGGCACGAGAAGGCAUGGGAGGACAAGGUUUGGUCCGAAGUUCGCAAGGUGGUCAAGCAGGAGCAAACGAAAAGGGAUAGUCAAAUCAAGCGCACAGAAGCGCAAGCAUAG